AUGGCGGCCACAGCUUUCCAUCGCCUAGCAUAUUACGGCAAUGCUGAGUUUGGGGUCAAAGCCGAGAGAUACAAAUCGUCCGCCAUCACUGGCUUGCUGCGCAAAGCCCAUGGAAUAUGUGGGACGCCAAACUCGUGGGAAACACGUCUUUCCGCCAUAGCCGUUAUCAUGAUUAUGAUAUAUGACGAUAUGGUCUCCGCUCAAAAUUAUUUCAGAAUUCUCGCCCCCAUUUUGAGAAAUCUAUACUAUAUGAUGAAGUCCUCGGACCUCGUCAAUGAUUGUCUUGGAACGUUCCUAGCUGAACAAAUGGGACUAUUACUGGUCCUCUGUUUGCCAUACUUCGAUCCUGGUGAGGAGCAGAGAGACAUGGCGACCGAAGGAUUGAAAUUCCUGGAUGACUUUGCCUCCAGGAGUGACCGCCAUCCUAAUGCUUCGUUUUUAGCGUAUUGCCUCCGGCUUAGUGUCUCAGUCUGGCUUCAGAAGGCGGAAGACCCUUACCUGGAUCUGGAUCCGACUUUGGAAUCCUUCAAGUCACAGCUCCAAGAGUUUCGUGACUUAACGGACCUUGAUCAUUAUUUGACAUGGGUAUAUUUUAACUGCGCUGCAGCGUCGAUGAAUGAACAAUUACGGCAGUUUUUUGCGAACCACCUGGAACAACAGAUGCAAAUCAUCGGCUUCAAAAAUAUUCCUUUGAUGCUGCAACUUCUACAACGCCUCUGGAAAGAUGAUCGCAGCUGGCCAUCCACAUUACAACAGCACCAUGAAUAUAUAUGUGCUUGAAGGGAUUAGUCGGCUUCAUCAAUAUGACAAUUCUAAGGCAUCUUAGCAGUGCUUAUGGAGGAAGUUUGACUUAUAGAAUCUAGGGUUGGGAGAUAGGAUAUAGUGAAGUGUCAUUG